CCGCAGCUGGUGGCGCACUUAUGGAUAAACCAUACAACCAAGCCUAUCAGCUUAUCGAGAGCAUGGCUCAGAACCAUUAUCAGUGGGGAAACGAGAGAACAACGGUAGAGAAACCUCAAACGAAAGGUGAAAUGUACGAAAUCAGCAACAUGGACCACAUCAACGCCAAGUUAGAUGCCUUAACUCAAAAGAUAGAGAGUCUAACCAACGCACCCAAAGCCACCGUGGCUGCAACAAUACAAAAUUGUGAGUUGUGCGGAGCUCAAGGUCAUACUAUCGCUGAAUGUCGACUUCUAACCGAAGCUCCCACCGACCAAGUGAAUUACACUCAAGGGAACUCUUACAACCAAAACCAGAGAAAUCACCCGUACCUUUCGUACAAUAGCAACAACGCUUUAUAUGCACCUGGCCAAGCACCUACUCCUUCGCCACCAGGAUUCCAAAAACCUGCUCAAAAUGCUCCUAUAAAGUCAAACCUUGAAUUGAUGAUGGAGAACUUCAUAGCCGUACAAACUCAAACUAACAAGGAAUUCCUAAAUCAAAACAUACACACUAAUGAGCAAAUUAAGCAAUUAACAAGCAGGCUAGAACUCUUGACCACUCACAAUAAGAUGUUAGAAACACAAAUCGCACAAGUGGCACAACAACAAGCAUCUACCUCUGCUCCUGCAGGCAUAUUUCCUGGCCAGCCUCAGCCAAACCCUAGGGGACAUGUGAAUGCUGUUAUAUUACAAAGUGGGACACAAUACGAUGGACCGGCUGAUCCUAGAACUAAAAAUCCUACCAUGCAACCCAAUUCUGAUAAGACAACCGAGAAGGAGAGUGAACCAAAAGAAAAGGAGGAUAGUGGAGAGGAAACCCAAGAGAAAGAGAAACCUUACGUUCCUCCCCCACCAUAUAAACCACCCAUCCCGUAUCCUCAAAGAUUAGUACAAUCCAAAAACGUAGGGCAGUUUAAGAAAUUUGUAGAGCUUCUACAAAAACUAAACAUCACAAUACCUUUUACGGAAGCUAUCACACGAAUGCCCUCGUACGCUAAAUUUCUUAAAGAUAUCUUAACUAAUAAGAAAAAGAUCGAGGAAGAAGAAACCGUUAUGCUUACUGCCGAGUGUAGCUCCAUACUUCAAAAUAAUAUGCCUCCUAAGCUAAAAGACCCAGGAAGUUUUUCCAUACCCUGUGUAAUUGGAAACUAUGUAAUAGAUAGGGCCCUAUGCGAUUUAGGAGCCAGUAUCAGCUUAAUGCCUAUGUCCAUAUGCGAAAAACUUAAUUUAGGAGAAUUGAGACCAACUAAAAUGUCAAUACAAUUCGCUGACCGUUCUGUCAAAUACCCCUUAGGUAUACUAGAAAACGUGCCAGUACGUGUAGGUCAAUUCUAUAUCCCUACCGAUUUUAUAGUCAUGGACAUAAGGGAAGAUUCCAAUACACCUAUCAUUUUAGGAAGGCCAUUCUUAGCAACUGCCGGAGCCGUAAUAGAUGUAAAGGAAGGAAAGCUAACGUUUGUAGUAGGUGAAGAAAAAGUCGAAUUUAUUUUAACGCAACUCAUGAAAGCACCAGCUAUAGACGAUAGUUGUUACAUGGUAGACGUCAUCCAAGAAUGUAGAAAAGAGAGUGAGAAGGAUCAAACUAAACAUUCUGAAAUUUUAAAAACUUCCACCCCUCCAACUCAUAAAAAUGGUGAUGACGACCUAGCUAAAUGUUUAGAGAUUACACAAGUUCCUAAACCUAGCCAUGUUAAACCAACUUUAAAACUAAAAACUCCAUCAAGACUCCAAAAAGGAACCCCUGUAGCUCCGAAAAAAUUAAAAGGUCCCGUUUCUAAGAAAAUACCUCCCGACAUAUUAAAAGACCACCCAGAAAAUAACAUCGCUCAAAAUAAAAUACCCCCGGGUGUCUCUAAGAAAAAGAAAGAAAAAAAGAAGAGAAGACCUAUGAAAUGGUCUGACAUUUUCAAAUGGAGACCCAAGAAUAUUGAGCAUAAUUUAAAAGAUGUGAAUCUAGAGGAGGAACCAUGUUGACCUAUAGGGCUAAAUAGUCGAGCUACCGACGUUAAACAAAGCGCUGCAUGGGAGG